AUGGUGCUAUGGCGAUUGGUCUCGCUGCAGUUCAGAAUUUCAGAAGACUUUCCCAGCAAAGAAGAUUUCGAUGAACAAUUGACUUUGCCCGGUAAUCACAACGAUAUCCUUCUCAAGUCAUUCAAGCAGUGGUUAUCAAGAUGUGCAGAACAGGAUCAGUCAUUCGCAUACACCAUGCAAAUGAUCGAUCUAUUUGCUCCGCUUCUUGAAGGGAUGAAUGACGUGAUUAGGAACGGUCUUGGAACAACAAGGGAGGCUAUUUGGAAGAUUCUGUUGCCCAUAUUUGCACAACUUCAGUUUCAGAACUACUGGAUGGAAGCUUUGGUCCAUGUGGUAAACUUUACAGCGGUUUGGCCUAUUGCUUUCAGGGAAAUGAUGAGGCGAAAUUGCUCCAUUAGUCUAUCUGGCAAGGAAGGGCACGAUCUAGCUAUGGAUGAAUUUGUUGAAGAGCAUUUAGUGAAGCCAUUAAAAAGCUAUGUGACAGGUAAAUCUAACUGCUUGUUUAUUUAUUUAAUUUUGGCUUUACUGUUCUUCAUGUACAAUGUCAAUGACAACGUGCAACACUACGUACUAAUGAGUAAUGUAGUUUAUAAGCAAAACUUCGACUUUUCUUUUCACUCAAAACCUCGAAGUUUUGCUUAUAUUUUUCAGGCAGUUGUUAUUCCGCAAAUUGGUUAUAUGUCAUAUCCGGAAAUGUUUGUUGAAAAUGAGGUGCCGGAAUGCGCAUUUUUUCAAAAAAUGUCUGUUGUAAAUCGGUUCUAAAUUACUUUCCAUUGUACUACAACCUGGUAAAAAUAAAUUCUGUACUUUAAGAAACUUGUUCAAACUACAUGUUGCUUGUUGAUUUUCUUUCACUUUUUUCUCCACAACGCAUAAUUAAUUGCUCACGUUCUGUUUGUAGCACAUAAUUUAGUUCAUAUUAUUCAAUUAAGGACAUACAAGUGUGAAGAUGUGUGA